AUGACAUUUUCAAGCCAAGUUGGCUGGCAAAGUUUAUCGUCCACGCCAGAUUUUAGGAAUCGCGAAAGCAUUCCUCUAUUGAAAGCUCAUAACGCGAAAAACACAAAGGUACAUGAGCAAAAAUUCAAGAUAAGAAGUAUCAGGAGCAGACAGAGGUCCUUGAUCGCGUAUUGUUCAAUGGUCAAUCCUGAUGUUGUCACAAGCUCAUUUUCACCAUCCAACACAAUUAGAAAGUUGUACUCAAGUAUAAACAACAAGGACCUAAACCAACUGGCCCUGCUCAUAUCAGAAGAUUGUUUCUUUGAUGAUUUUUCAUUCCCUCAAUCAUUUCAAGGGAGAAAGGAGGCUUUAAAAUCUCUGGAGCAACUAACCACAAGCUUGGACCAAAACACAGAGUUCAGCAUAGACAAUAUUCGUGAAGGUGUUGAUCUUACAGCAAUAGUAUACUGGCAUUUAGAGUGGAAGAAGAAAGAAGUACCCUUUAGUAGAGGCUGCAGCUACUAUGAAUUAUCAAGAGAUGGAGAAAAACUACUCAUUAAGAAUGCUCAAGUUAUUACAGAAUCAUCAAUGAAACCAAAAAUUUUGGCGUUGUACAAUAUGGUAACUUCAGUAUUCGAUGAAUUCCCUGAAAUCGUCUUGAGAUUUGUAAAGAAUCAUCAAGUUGCAUAUCAAGUGUUACUAAAUAGUUACAAGUUUGUUGUGCAACCAUUAAUAAGUCCAAUUUUUGUAUGGUACAAAAAGUUUUGGACAUUAACAAUCACCUUUCUUGGAUUUACAACCAAGUUAGUGCAAUUCAUUAUAAAGUAUUCAAGACAGUAAGAAGAGUGUUACAAUUGUAUGAUCAUUUGCUUAGGGGGUAAUUAUACCAAUUGUAUAUGUACAAUUUUUUUAAA